AUGACCGCUAUUGCCAACUUCGAGGGAUUCGAUGUGUCCACCGAAAUCUAUAGCGUAGUGGAAGGGCAUCCUAUCGAGACUGACAUCCUCAUACCGAAGUCAGUUCCUGAAGGCCAUCAGUGCCCUGUUAUCGUCCGCAUUCACGGCGGAUUCCUCAUCAUAGGCAACCGUGGCCCCGCUUGGUUCCCCUCCCACCUCUUGCAAUUCGCCCUUUCCAAGAACGCGAUCGUCAUUUCGCCAGACUAUCGCCUGCUCCCCGAAGCUACAGGAGCAGACAUCCUCACCGAUAUCUGUGUGUCUCUCUGGGAAUGGAUACUCAAUUCUUUCCCGAGUAUCGUCGCGAAGGCACACCCAGGCGUGACCCCGGAUUUGACGAGGAUCAUGGCUGUAGGUCCGCGAAUCGGCCGGGGCUACCUCGCGACCCAACUCGCACUUGCUCACCCGAGCCCUUCUCCCUCGACCAACAAACCCGGCAUAACAGCCCUCAUCCCAGCCUACCCCGUCCUCGACCUUCUCAACCCAUUCUUUCUUUCCGGGGCCUUAUCUUCUAUAUCGAAAUCCUACACUCUUUUCGGAAACUCCGCUCCCCUUUCGACCUUCACCAAUUUUGUCGCUGCAGUCAAGGCGGGUCAGAAACCGAGCGUCGUCACAGACGGGACGUUUCCAGAACCGGGAACCUAUAAUGAGAGGGAGGAGAUGGGGAUGGCUGCGGUCUUGCACGGUAAAUUACCUGAGAUGAUAGGCUUGGAUGAUGAGGAGUGCUUCCCCAUUGAACGUAUCGAGCGUAGCGGAACCGCGCGCGAAGAUGGAAGUGUCAAGACGAUCGAGGCUUUACCGAGGAGGGUGUGGAUUUAUCAUGGGAGUGCAGAUCACGCCGUUCCACCGGUGGGGAGUCGGAGGUUCGUGGAGGUCGUAUGGUUGGUGUCCACCACCAUACGGGAGAAGUUGAGUGGAAAGGGGACGGAGGUGAAUUAUUACGAGGAUGUAGGGGAAGAUCAUGGCUUUGAUGCGCAGGCGAGGUUAGAUUCGGAGAGCGAUGGGUGGCUGAGGGAAGGAUACGACUGGGUUGAGGUGGCGUGGUUGGGUCUUGAGUAA